GAUCUCCUUUGCGGUACUGCCGACCAAAGGAUCACUCGAACAGAUGCAAUGUUUGUUGGUGGGCCGGAAGCUCUUGCGUUGAAAGGACCUGCUCACAUUUUGAUUGAUAUCUAUCUAUUGUUAGCCUUCUGAACACUCCACUAUACUGUCUGUGGACAACAAACACACUCUGCCAAGAUGUCGUCAAUGGGCAAUGUAGACAAGUCGGCGCGAACACUAGCCAUCAAGGUCAAGGUCGCCGCCGUGGCCAACACGGAAAAUACACUGGACACGGUCUUUGAAUUCCUACCGUGUUGUGCCACUCAUGUCGGUACUAUUCCCGAAGACGUGGAUGCCGAAGAUGCCACUGCCGCGAAACUGAGUUAUGUCGGUCAAGCGGCAUAUCAAGUCCUGCGGACACGCCAUCCCCGGCAACACCAUCAACUCUGGAAUGUCACUACGGGCCGCGUGGUGGGAUCGCUCCAAUACACACCGUAUCGGUCCUGGAAGUCGACGCGAGAUUUGACAGCCGGCCACGACGACUGGUUCCCCGAGAAAUUGGCGGAAAUUAUUACAAGAACGCACAAAUGGUGUGACAUUAUGAGUCUGGGUCCACCCGAUGGAAUGUUCAUGACCAAAUUCAAAGAAGCACUGCAUGUAUUGGCACUGCGAUCGCACGCCACAAAUCAACGCAUUGUAGUGCGCAUGAUGUUUGGAAACAUUGUCGGAAUGCCCGUCAAUUGCACUGCCGUCAUUCGAGAACUCACCAAGGAUUUACCAUCAUGCACUCAACCGCAUAAGUUGCAUCUAUGGGUAGGAGCAUGGCGCAAGGGAACUUCCUGGAAUCACGCCAAGAUUAUUGCUGUCGACGGAAAAUACCUGCAUACGGGAGGACACAAUCUGUGGGAUUUUCAUUACCUCAAACACAAUCCGGUGCAUGACUUGAGUUUGGAAAUGGAAGGACGGGUGGCCAACGAUGGUCACUUGUUUGCCAAUGCGCAAUGGGCAUAUAUUGAACGAAAGCAACUCACGUGUAUUGGAAGUUGUGUCGAUCGAAUGCCCGAUGCCAUGCCCAUGUUUUUGCAGUCGCGGGUCACCGUCAGUGAAUACCCCGAAGGUGUGGCCGAUAUAUUCCCACCCAUGUACAAUCGAGCGCUCGUACUUGGACAGCAACCACAACAACCACAUGUCGACCCGGAAGGAACCAUUCCCGUCAUUAGCAUGGGACGCUAUGGAGCCGUCAUGAGACGGCACAAGCCGUCGGACGAUGCCAUUGUCGCCAUGCUGGAAUCGGCCCACAAAAUUGUGAGACUGGCAUUGCAAGAUUUGGGACCCGUUUGUAUUCCUGGCACGAAAAUCACCAUUCCCGGCUUGGUCUGGCCUCGAGACAUUUUACGAGCACUCGGGCGAAUCAUAUGGACCAAAGGAGUCGAUGUGGAAAUUCUAUUGAGUAAUCCCAACAGUAUCCCGGGGGGAUUGACACCGACCGAAGCCAAUUAUGGAAAUGGUUGGAACUGUGUCGAUGUGGCGUCGGAAAUUAUCAAAACCAUCGUCCAACAAUUUCCGCAAGAUGCUUGCACCAGAGACGCACUGCGGAAAAAGGUACAACACAAUCUACGACUGUGCUUUAUUCGAUUAGGAGACUUGGGAAGUACAUGGGAAGAUGGGACUACCAUUGGUAUGCAUGCCAAGCAUUUUAUCAUUGAUGACCGUGCUGCCUAUAUUGGGUCACAGAACUUGUACAUUUGUGACUUGGCAGAGUGGGGCGUGGUCAUUGAUGAUGAGACACAAGUGCAGAAAAUGAUGCAAGAGUAUUGGAAUCCAAUGUGGGAUGUGUCGUUUCUGGAUGCUGAUGUCGAUGUCGAAAUGGUCCUGGAUGGAUUGGGGAUCGAUCGAAGUGCUCCCAAUAGAUAUCAACUCUCUGCUGAGGAACGCAAAAUGGCAGACACCAACAAACGACGACGGUAUUCCGUCAACACACCAAUUCACUCGGACUUUUACGACACCUUCUCGGCUGAUUUGUCAGACACCACGGAGGAAGAAAAGAGUGACAAGUUGUGGUGACCUACCUGUCUCGCAAACCAAACAGUCCAAACCAGAGAACCAGCUUUCUCUCAGCAACUCGAUUCCUGCAACGUUACAACUGUGCCAUGUUUUCACUCCAU